GAACUUGCUUUGGAUGCAGAAAGUGUUUGUAUUGUGGAGUUGAUCUACAAAUACAAAAAUGUAAUUGCGAUAUUACAAAGCCACCUCAUAGAGGCAAUCGAACCGAUGCUGUCAAAUUUAAAGGAGGCUUUUAAUUUUUCACUUUGUUCACGAUGCAAUAAUGGAUUACUUAAAUUAGCGUCCACUAAAAAAAAAUCACCAUCUAAUUCAGCAAAGAAGAUGAAUAAGAAGUCUUCUAAAAAAAUUAAAUUGGAACCUGAAAUAUGUGAUCUUACUAUAGCAGAAGAUGAAAGCUUUUAUGAUUCAGCAGAUUAUCAUGACUCAGAUGAAAUUAGCGAAGAGGACAUAUAUAAUAUAGAAGAUAUAUAUGCAGAGAAAGAUUAUGAGUAUGAAAUUCAUUAUGGAGUCUUCAUAAAGCUAGAUGGAAAGUUUUUACCAACAAAAUGGUAUAAGGCAACAAUAUCCGAAAUAGAUGAAUUUCUUCUAGAAAUUCAUACAAAUGUAAUUGCACUAACAAAAAAUGAAAUGAUUGAAGCAAGCGAUUAUAAUGUUACAUUUAAGGGUGAAAAGGCUAUGGGAGCUGGAACUCAAUUAGUUGAUGAACAAGAUUUUCAAAAAUUUUGUUCAGAAUAUCAUCGACUUUCUGCACGAAAAGUUAAUAUGGAAGUUUUUAUAACUAUAAAUUCUCAAAAUUUAGCUAAAAGCAAACAUAAAAAGGAUACUGAUUCUGAACCAGAAUUUGAUAUAUCCGAUGAUAAUAUUUUAGAAACUUAUAAAAAUAAAAAUGAUAUUCCAAAAGUUUCUAACCUUACAACUGAAGAAAUUCGAAUAGCUGAAAAUGUUACAAAAAUUCGUACUACAAAUCAUUGUGAUUUACAUAAUCGGGCAUGUUUAAAUCAAAAUCAAGGUAAAGAAAAUCAUGUUGAAAUUACAUUUAUGAUGCUUUCAACAUGGGCAUCAGAAAUUAAUAAAGGAUUAGCUACUCCUAUGGAUCCACCAACACAUCCAUUAUUUGCAUAUCGGUUAUCUAAAACAAAAUCAUCAAAUUCGCAACUAUCUGAACCAAAUAUACCAACAAGUUCUUAUAUGCCAUCUCCAUUUUAUAAUCCAUUACAUAUGCACUCAAAUUUUAUUUUACCAUAUUCUAUUUCAGAACAAACAACAUUUACUACAAGGUCAUUUAUACCUUCUAUAGAUGAUUUUUUAAAAUUAGUUGAUGAAAAAGAAGAUACUGGUGAUUAUUAUCAAGGUUUUUUAGCCAAAUUUAAACAGCAAAGGAUUUCAGUACGAAUACUUUCUAGAAUAUCUGAUGAAGAAUUUAAAAAUUGUGAUGUUGAUACAAUUGGCGCAAGACAAACUCUUCAUUAUUAUGCUAUGAAAUAUAAUGUUUAA